AGCGCGCAGGUAGAGGUGGAUGUAUCCAAUAAAUCUCAAACAGAUCUGCCUGUCUUCGAUGUGUCCCGUCAUGGACCAGGGUGUUAAAGCGGCUGCAGCCCUGCAGGUGAUCCAGCACCAGUCUCGCUCUCUGCCCGCAACCAGCUCGCCCAGCGUCCUGCUCGCGUACAAAAACGCGACGCAGAGACUCGGCGCGACCGGGUUCAAAGUCAGCACGCUCUCCAAAGCGGGAAUGGGAAUCCUGAAACUGGCCACGACGCAGCUGAAACAGCAGGAGAAGAAGGCGAGGGUUGUGCGCGCGUCCAGUCUGGGUAAAGCGCACCCGGCGUCCGUCGAGAAAAAGUCCCCUGUGGACCAACUGACCGCGCUGGUCCUGCACGGCCUCCAGCCGCUGGCGAACGAGUCCCAUGCUACCAAACCGCAGAACUGCAGGCGCAUCGUGGUGCUCGGCGCGCCGCGGGUCGGGAAGACCUCCAUCCUGCGCCGCUUCCUGCGCGACGGCUUUGAGGAGCGAUACGAGCCAACAAGUGAAGAUUUCCACCGGAAACUCUACCAAAUUCGCGGAGAAACUUACCAGAUAGACAUACUGGACGCGUCCGGGGAGAGGAGCUUCCCUGCCAAGAGGAGACUGUCCAUCCUGACCGGUGAUAUAUUCCUGCUCGUGUUCAGUCUUGACGACCGCAGCUCGUUUGAGGAAGUGCGCGCUCUGCACGCCGAGAUUGUCGCUGCCAAAAUGGCCUUGCACCCAUCCAAACAGAAAGUCUGCGUGCCGACGGUAGCCUGCGCGAACAAAGUGGACUUGCCCUCCGAGCAGCGCGCGGUGUCCCGGUCUGAGGUGCUCCGUGCGCUCGGUAACGGCUGCGCUCUGUUCGAGACCUCCGCCAAAGACGGUGUGAAUAUGAAGCAGGUGUUCGAGGCGCUGGCGCGGCGCGGCGGGCUCCCCCUCGAGACCGGACCCUCGCAGCACCGGAAAGUGUCCAUCCGCUCGUACCAGGCGCUCCGGGCGGCGCGGCAGGCGGAGAAAGGGAGCAAGGCGGCGGUGUGCGACGCUCCGUGCGGGGCGCUCUACCCGCUGGCCCGCAGACCGAGCUUCGGCACCGACCUGCGGCUGGUCCUCGGGCCCAAAGGCAACCGAAAACAGAGCAAAGCACGGGACAAGUGUCAGAUUCAGUGAAACAAUACGGACUGAGAGAAAGAGAACUGCUUUCAACAAAAAACACUGACAAUAUUGCAGAUAUUUUUUAUGUGUUUACCAGAAAACAACAUAUUCCAACCUUUUUCAUCCUUUGGAGAUGGAUCAGAACCCUUUUUAUAUAUUAUAUAUAAAAUUAACCAUUGCAUUCUGCAAUUGCAUUUCAAUGCAUCCUGGCUUAUAAAAUGCAUGAUGAUGUUGCAUAUGCUGACAUUGCAAAGCCAUUACAUUUUUUUACUGAUGUACAGACUUGUAUACAUUUGAAUUCUGCUCAAUGCAUUUUAAUGAGGCAGGGACAGCUACUUUAGCCACUUUAAUGUUGGCUGAAGUUGAUUUAAUCAUGCUUUAACAGCAGACAGUAAUUGAAGGAUCCCCAUUACAAACUUGAAGGCCAUAUUUAAUAACUUGAAUGAAAAUACUGUGAUUAUGUCUGAGACAUGACGAGCUGAACUGACUUCAGGCCACUCUUAUCGCUCAUUUUUACGGUGUCAUUCUGAUAAAAAUCCACUGAGAAUGAUUGAAAAGCCUGUUGAGCGGCUGGUUUG